AUGUAUGCGAAAGGCAUCGUCUCUGCGGCCGCCCUGGCUGCAGCCGCGCUCACCAUCUCGGGCGUAGCAUCAGCCAGCUCACAUGCGCGCAGACACAACCCGUUUCUGCCAAAGCGGCAAGCGGCUAACGACACGGCCUACGACUACAUCGUCGUGGGCUCCGGGCCGGGCGGUGGACCACUGGCGGCGAGCCUGGCCGAGGCGGGCCACAAGGUGCUGCUCGUGGACGCGGGCGGCGACUCGGGCGACAACCUCUUUGAGCAGAUCCCCGUGCUGUUCCCGCGCGCCACCGACGACCACCCGACGACGCAGUGGAACUAUUUUGUGACGCGCAGCUCGGACCCGGCGGUUGAGGCCAAGAACGAGAUCACCUCCUACCGCCUGCCCAACGGCACCAUCUACACGGGCCUUUACCCGCCGGCGGACGCCGUGCCCAUCGGGACCCUCUACCCCCGGGCGGGCACGCUCGGCGGCUGCAGCCGGCACAACGCGCUGGUGGCCAUCCGGGCGUUCGACAGCGACUGGGAGGCGGUAGCAGACGUCACGGGGGACACGUCGUGGAACGGUAGCACCUUCCAGCGGUACUUUGAGGAGAUCGAGCACUGCGACUACCUCCCCAACUCGAUCGUCGGCCACGGGUUCCACGGCUGGUUCUGGACGCAGCUCACGUCGCUCAUCACGGCGGUGCAGGACCUGAAGGUGAUCAGCAUCAUCGCCUCGGCCGCGUCGGCGUCAGGCAUGAGCCUUAUCGGUAUCCUGUACCAGACUGUCGCGGGGCUGGCCGAGAUCCUGAGCAAGGACAUCAAUGCGCCGGGGAGCACCAUCACCACGGGGCCGUACCAGAUGCCGCUGUCGAUGGGCGACUCGACGCGCGGCGGCGCAAGGGACCGCAUCUUGCAGGUGGCCACUGCGACGGACGAUGACGGCAACAGGAUUUACCACCUCGACAUCAAGCUCCAUACCCUCGUGACCAAGAUCCAGUUUGACACGACUUCCUCGUCGGAAGGUCCAAGGGCCACGGGCGUGGAGUACCUCGAGGGGGAGGCGCUGUAUCGCGCAGACACCCGCUCCGAUAGCGCCGCCGUCGAGGCCUCGGGCGCCCUCACGGCAUUCAAGGAGGUCAUCAUCGCGGCGGGGGCCUUCAACACCCCGCAGAUCCUCAUGCUCAGCGGCAUCGGCCCCGCGGAGGAGCUAUCGGCGCACGGGAUCGAACAGGUCGCCGACCUCCCCGUGGGCUCUAACCUCCGCGACCACAUCGAGGUGCCCGUCAUCAGCGAGGCCCCCACCGACUUCAGCCUCGUCAGCGGCUGCACCUUCAUGUACGGCUACCCGGGCGUCCCGGACCCGUGCCUGGAGAGGUGGCAGUCCGGGUUGGGCCAGGCGGCCAAGGGCGCGUACGCGACCAACGGGCUCGCGGUCGGCGUGGCCGUGAGGACCAGCGCGGCGCCCAACCCCGACGACCCGGAUAUCUUUGUUUAUGGCGGCCCCGCCAACUUCCCGGGCUUCUUCCCCGGCUGGUCGGAGCUGGCGCUGCACUCGGACCACCGCCACUGGGUCUGGGUCAGCCUGCGGGCGAGCACGCCCAACGAAGCCGGCACGGUGCGCCUGCGGUCGGCGGACCCGCGAGAUACGCCCAUUAUCGCGUUCAACACGUUCGAGGGGGCCGCGACCGCGCGCGAGCUGGACCUACAGGCGUCGUUCGAGGGCGUCGAGUUUGCGCGGCGCGCCAUGGACGACCUCAUACCGCUCGACGGGUCGUUCGAGGAGACGAAGCCCGGGAGGGGGAAUGUUAGUAGUCAGGAGCAGGUCAAGGAGUACAUACGGACCAACUCGUUUGGGCACCACGCGUGCUGCACGGCGGCCAUCGGGACGGUGCUCGACUCUGACUUCCGCGUGAAGGGGGUCAAGGGCCUGCGGGUCGUGGACGCUUCUGCGUUCCCCGUCAUCCCGGGCUUCUUUAUCCAGCUGCCGACGUAUCUGCUGUCGGAGAAGGCCAGCGAGGCAAUUCUUGCGGAUGCUUAG